GUGAAACUCGACCUCGAGAUGAAAAAGUGGCGUCGUCUCAGCGGACACCUCCAUCCCAAGGCAGAUCCUCUGGCUCCAGAUCCACGCAAGACGGCAAUGAGCUGGGUCAACAAAGAGCAGGAUCGGAUGUGCGUUUUGGGGGGGUGAGGCCAAUCGCCCAGCGGCGACGCGAGGGGACCCAGUACACGUCAAUGACAGCUUCAUUUUUGAGAACAUGUAGCGUUGGCACAUACCCACCGAGAAGUGGCGUAGGGAGCAUAUGUCAGGCGACUCGCCCUCCGCACGAUCUGAGGUUGCUCAUGCUUUCAACCCGGUGCUGAACAAAUUAUCGCUCUUUGGAGGGUAUUCGACUGACCAGGAUACGAUUGUUAUGUCAGAUGAACCUGAAGGCGGAGGCGCGAGCUUCAAGUUCACUUAUUUGCCGACACUUUUAUGUAUGAUCCGUCUCCGGUGACUGGUAAUCCGGACGCAACACCAACAAUGAAGGUGCCUAAGUGGAAACACGUCCUCACAAGGGGAUUCCCGACAUGCAGGUGCCAAGCGAACCUCAUUGUUGAUCCCGACGAUGGCAGGACAUACAUGUUCGGAGGAUACACCAACACGCAGCUUGUGCCGAUGUGCAAGCAGAACCUGGCACCGUACGUCAAAGCCUUUAACGACCUGUGGCAAUUGCAACACGAUACUCCCGGGGGUGAUUUCGCGGAUGUGGACGUUGAGGAGGAGGCGUUGAGCGUGAGAGCUGGACCGUGGCGGAGGUGCUUUAACUGUGCAUCGACAGGAUACAUACAUAAAUGCGGAGGAUCUUGUGGUGGGCGCGCGUACUUUUGUGGAAAGGAGUAUCUGAGAGAAAGCUGGAAGGCUCAUAAAGAGCGACAUCACUGUCGGAAAGCAUAAGCGUGUCUAAGCAUUUUGGAAGCAUUGACAUCAUUACGCCCGUAUAUUACAUUAUCUUUGAAACCUUUGAUAUUUCUCUGUUGCUAUACUUCAUAGCACCUAAGUUAAUUGUCAUCGAAUAUGGCAUUGUGUUCGAGGUUGG